UAGAGGUUGAUUAUCUGAAAACCUCACUAGAUAGAUAAGAAUGUUGAUUUUUCUACAGAUUAUAAAGAUCUUAUAGAAUGUGAGACACAUGACUGCAGCAGCCAAAGCAACUAUCAGAAACUUGUCACGACCCAAACAAGCACAUGACCGCGCCAAGAAAGUCCACUCCGCCCGCCUUUCAACAGCAACAAACAAUUGAUUCGGGAAAUAUAUCUGGUGUAUUAUGAAAGCAGUACAGGGAACCAAUGAAGGGCAGAGGGGGGCUCUCAUUGUGGUGGAAGGGUUGGACCGUGCCGGCAAAUCUACUCAAUGUGCAAUUUUACAGAAGACUCUCCAAGAAGACGGACAUGAGGUCAAGUACCGUCGUUUUCCAGAUAGAACUACUGAGAUAGGGAAGAUGAUCAACGCGUAUUUGAUGGGAAACACACAUCUGGACGAUCAUGCUAUUCACCUUCUGUUCUCCGCCAAUAGAUGGGAGGCAGCUACGGAAAUACAGCAAGAUAUAUCAAAUGGCAUUACUGUCAUUAUCGAUCGCUACUCCUACUCCGGAGUUGUCUAUUCUGCAGCCAAAGAUAUCCCUGGACUGUCACUAGAUUGGGCUUGGCAACCAGAGAUCGGUUUGCCGCAGCCAGAUAUAUGGCUUUUCCUGAACAUAUCGCCAGAGGAAGCCGCAAAGCGCGGUGGCUAUGGACUAGAAAGAUAUGAGAACGACACCUUUCAGAGCCGAAUACGCCAGCUAUUUCAGACGCUUAUCGCUAGAGAGGACCCCGACAAUGUGCACAUCAUCGACGCGGGUCGGACGGAGCGGGAGGUUGCGCUGGACGUUAUAGAGACAGCAAGGAAAGCUGUUGAAAAUGUCUGCGGCAUCAGAUCGCUGAGAAAAUUUGGACCUUUAUUAAAGCCAGCGAACACUCAAUCAUGAUAUAUAUCCCCUGAGAGAACGCCCUCUCUCGUCGGUUGUCAUUCGAUAAUUUCAGCAUUGUCCCAGUCGGAUUUAUUUGUAUAUGAACCCGAGCAGUUCGCCUUCGUAGAUGGUUUCCGUCGGCUAUAGAGCUCAAUCUGAGGCGUGAUUGUUCUCACAGAGUCACUGUCUGAGUUUGUGCUGUUUGCGCUGUCAAUACUGCUCCCUAGCUCUCCAAUCUUGCUGUCAUCCGCACAGGGAUAUGUAUGGUUCAGAAAUCCAAUGCUUCCAAAUUUUGUGCAUGAUAUUGGGGCAUCGCUUGUAUCUUCUUCCGAGUACAAGUUGACGCUGUUCAAAUUUUUUUUUGCUUUCCGCGUGCCCUCAGCCCGCCGUCUUCGUCUCACUAACCGUUUUAUCUCCUCUUGGCCACGGAACCGCAAUGUAAUUUCUUUCAUGAGGAUUGGCCAUUCCAAUUGGUUGCGGCACGCGGGACACGUCCCUUCUCUUGGUACCAACUUUUCACCAAAACCUGCUGCCCCCAAGAAAUGUGACGCCAAACAUAGAAGGUGGGAAGCGCAGCGGCACAGAUUGUGUGAACAUAUUGCAAUCAUAUCAUGUUGUGAAUCCAACCUCUGCUUGCAUACACCGCAAUCGAUCUGUUCCUCAGACUCAAGUAAAAAUAACGAUUUCUCCACAUACUUCGCAAGAUGGUCGUAACCGACAUCCAGUGCUCCAAUUCUUCCCGCGCUUCCAAGAUGUUCCUUCCUUUCGACAUCGCACGCCUGCUCAGAACCAAAAGCCGUUAUCACCUUGAUUCUAUCAUCUAGUAAACCAUCCGCGCGCUGCGACCAAUCCUGCCACGCGCGAUACACAUCUUCUGAGAAAAACUGCACCUCCAAGGGCCAUUCCGAAAAAUACGGCGACUGUAGUAAAAUAUGUAGAUUCGCCAAAAUAUUCCGUAGCGAGGAGCGAGGUUUCCCCCUGGUCUUGACCUCUUUUCCCGUCCGGGGACAUAUCCUUAAGCCCGGCUCCUCGUUCCCGCCCCUUUCGACUUCGACAUGGCGGGAACCUUGUGUGUGUUGCCACGCCCACCUAUAUAACGUAGUCAGAAUACACCUAAAUUGAGAAUGAAUUGAAGAAAGAUAGAAGGAGUUGAAUCUAAACGUACUCAAACUGUAAUGCACCCACUCUGUUCAUGAACCCACUUACAAUGACCACCAUCUCCCAAGGCCUCAGCUUCUCCCUCGAUGUCCGUUUAGCGCCGCCGGUCUUGUCUCCAUUAUGCUGGGCUAAGCGCCGACUUGGGUCUGGGGUUGAGCCAAUAUAGAGACUAGCGUGUCGAA